AUUCAGUAGCUGAUACACCUACAAUUGGCUCGGCAGAUGACUCUGGAAUCAUUGUUGACUCUUACGAUGAUGACUUCACAUCGUGGCUGAAUUUCGACAGUGAGCUGACCCAUAGUCUCAGCGCAGACGCCUACGACUCUUCCUCGAACUCAUUACUGGAUACCAUAUGCGCAGCGGAAGCACAGCAUGGGUACUCUACAAUGACAACUUCAGGGUCAUCAUGGGUAGAGCAGCGUGGUAUUUUGGUCCAGCCACAGCCAAUAUUCGUGGGCAGGACCAAGAAUAGCCCGAUACACCUUCUGAAUUCGAAGCUGGAAGCAACGGUGCUUGACCAGUGUCUUGCUUCAAUCUACAACAUCAUUGUAAGAGACUCUGCGUCAAGGUUUGUGGACUACGAGUGCAAUCUUUCUGCUUCGAGUCAUCGCUAUUACCUCGAAAGUAGAUCCUCGCAGACAGGACUUGAAGGUGCCGACGAGGAUCAAUUCACCCAAUCCGCAACAGCCACAACUACGGGGACCCAAUUUCCGAGGAUGACAAUGCUGGGUGUUGUUCGUUUUCUGGAUCACUUCAGUCAUCUUUACGGCAACAGACUCGGCACCACAGCUCGGAAACAGGCAGACACGGCUCUCAAAGCAGUGCUUCGAGCAUUCUCCUUACAAUGGCUGCCCGCAUCUCGUCCCUCAUCGGAAGUAUCAUCGGCAGGACAGGACGCAGGCCGUGAUGCUCUCAUUGACACAUUCCACCACGCCUGGAUGGAGGCACGAACACUUAUUCAAGGCAGUCUGUCGAUCCUGUCAUUUCGGUUGGUCUGUGCUAUUCUUCUCUUCGACGGUAUUGUCAUCCCGUCCAAAGCACAUGGCGGGUCAGGGGGGACGACUGUCAGUAUGCAUGAAUUUCUGAACAUCGGUUUGCAAAAGCUGUCCCGCGUAGACGAUCUUGUACGGAAGUAUUGCUGUCAAUUGGGACCCACCUCACUUUACGGAACCCUUUUUCAUUCCAGUCUGGACAUCCUUCGCUGGGGAGGGUACAUCCGCGACAUUGGAGCGGCUCUCUUUACAGAUCACCGGUGCAAGCUUCCUGAACUUUCCAGCUCAACUACAGUGUCUCCUGAAAUCAAUCCAUCAUUACCAUUCCCGAUUAAAGAUACACACCACAUGGUCUUGGAUGGCACUAUUCCCCGUAUCUAUCGCAUGGCCGUAGCUAGAGCCUUCUUCAUCUGGCAAAGGAUCACCAAGGUCAAAUAUCUUGUCCAAUCCACCAUCCACGAUAACAGCCACUCGGUCCCGUUCCCAACCCUAACUUUCAUCACAACGACCAUGACCAUGGUAGACGAAUACAACAAUACCCUCCGCCCCUUCAUGUCGCAAUCCAUGGAAAAAUACGCCGAUCUCUCCACCGAGUUCGAGAUCUACGCAUUGUCCGUCCUCACAUUCUGGAACCUCGGAACCCUCAUCCUCGCCCGAACCCUAACUCCUCUACUACUCCACCCUCCCGACAAUCGCUCAUCCCACGACACCAUCACAGCAGCCCAGCUCCAAGCUCUCCAGAGAACCGCCGUCAUCUCCAUCGCUCAAACAAUCGAACGCACGCUCACGCAACCGUCGACGCACGACACAUUCAACCUACAGAACGGACUAAGCGCAGACCUCCCCCUCCUCGCCUAUCACAUCACACCGUCACUAGUGGUUCUAGCCCUUCGUCUGGCGAUUGAGACGAGUAUCGAGCUUUGGCUUGGCGUGGAAUCAGGGGCAACUCAUAAUGCUGGUAGCGGUGGUAAUGAUGAUGACGACGUCUGGCAGAAACGGGUGGAUGUUCUAGUCAAAGGGCUUUUGUCGUUGGAGGUGACGAUUGGCGGAUCGCAGGCGGUGGGCCCGGUACUGGAUGCUCUAUUGCGGAAGUAUGGAGAUGUGGUGUCUGAGUGUUGGACUUGCGAAUUCAGUACCUGA